CAGCCAAAAGCAUCUGGGUGUGGACCGACUUUGGGGGGAGUCCCAUAGCAUCGCUUCACUGAAAGGUGAUGACGGAUCGGAGCUAAGGAUGGAGCUUUUCUGGAUUCUGUUAUUUUCUGUCAUCCACCGUUACGCACGAGGACAAGGAGUAUACGCUCCUGCCAAUGCCCAGAUAGUGCACUCGGGGCAGGCGUGUGUGGUGAAGGAUGACAACAUUAGUGAGCGGAUCUACACCAUACGAGAAGGGGCCACGCUGGUGCUGCAGUGCCUUGUUAAAGGCCAUCCACGACCACAGGUGCGAUGGACCAAGACGGCCGGCAGCGCGUCGGACAAGUUCCAGGAGACGUCCAUCUUCAACGAGACGCUGCGGAUCCAGGGCAUCACGCGCGUGCAGGGCGGCCGCUACUACUGCAAGGCCGAGAACGGCAUCGGGGUGGCUGCCAUCAAGUCCAUCCGUGUAGACGUGCAGUACCUAGACAAGCCCUUGCUGACCGUGCACCAGACGAUCAAUAAAGAGGGGGGCAGCUACUACCAGGAGCGCACGGUGUUCCUGCGCUGCACGGUCAACUCCAACCCGCCCGCCCGCUUCAUCUGGAAGAGGGGCAGCCGCAACCUCGAGCAGAACAAGGACAUGGGCGUAGACAUCUAUGAGCCGCUUUACACACAGGGUGAGACCAAGGUGUUGAAGCUGAAGAAUCUGCGGACGACGGACUUUGCCGACUACACGUGCCAGGUGUCGGUGCGAAACGUGUGUGACAUCCCUGACACCGCCGUCACCUUCCGCCUCACCAACGCCACCAGUCCUCCUGCUCUGCGGCUAGCCGGAAACGAGACGAUAGUGGUGGAUCCAGGGAAGGAAGUGACCAUGUCCUGCGAAGUGACAGGAGGGUUCCCCCCGCCGGUGGUGACAUGGUCCCGUACCCCGUCACCCCUACCCAGGGCCGCGCAGGUCCGUGGGGGAACCCUCACCAUCCGCAACGUCAGGCCCUCCGACUCUGGCUUCUACAACUGCACUGCUGUCAACAACGUGGGCAACCCAGCAAAGAAGAAUGUCAACCUCAUAGUCAGAACGAUGACGAACCUCACCUUCCAGAUUACGCCCGACUCCAACAAAGACAGCGAGAGCAUCCAGAUGGGUCGGGACCUCAAGCUCUCCUGCCACGUGGACGCCCGGCCCCAGGACAAGGUCAACUACACCUGGUUCAAAAACGCCAUGCCCAUCUACCCCACCGACAGCCUGAUCGUGCUGCGCAGCGACCCCGACAUGCCCACGGGCACCAGCAGCCUGGAGAUCGUGGACAUGAAGUUCCGCGACCAGGCCACCUACAGCUGCGUGGCCAACUUCCCCGACAGCACUGUGCCCGAGAUGCGGGUGGACAUCAACAUCACCCAGAGCAGCGUGACUCCACCCAUUCUGUCCAUACCGUCGGGCGGUGCCACGGUGAACGUGAAGGAAGGGGGCACGGCCGAGCUGGUGUGCCAAGUGGACGGCAAACCCCGGCCUCCUGUCCUGUGGUCGCGGGGCAACAAGGACCUGCCCAUGCCCAACGGGGACUGGAUGGUGGAGACCAGGGACGGCCGGCUGCGUCUCACCAACGUGUCUCGGGAGUCGCUGGGCCCCUACCGCUGCCAGACGGCCCCCUACAACGGCCUCAACAUCAAGCGGAGGGAGGGCCAGGUCCAGCUCAACGUGCAAUUUCCCCCGAUGCUGGACCCGGACUUCCAGGACGUGCGCUCGCCCAACUUCCAGCAGGUGGUACUGCGCUGCGUGGUGAUCAAGGCCAACCCCACGAAAAUCGCCAGCUUCCGCUGGUUCCUGAACGGCAAGCCGGUGACGCCACUCAUGGACAGCCAGGACACACCUGUCCACCGCUUCCGCCUGGAGCCCAGCAAGAAUGGCACCUACGAGUGCAGAGUCUCCAACAGUGCUGGCACAUCCUCCUGCACCUACAACGUUUCUGCUCGGCCUUUCCCUGCGGAGUUCUACUACGAUACGCCCAACCCUAUUCGAGUGCUGAAGGGGGACAACUUCUCCUACAACUUGCAGUGGACCCAGAAGGAACCCCAGGCUGUGGAUCGUGUGAUUGGCUAUUCGAUCAAUGUAACACAGAACGGCAUGAAGGUCUGGUCCAAGGUGUACACCCCCAUUCUGGAACCCCAGAAAGGAGUGCUGAUGUCCGAGGUGCUCACGGACCUCCGAAUCGCUCUGAACUACGAGGUGUCCUUGACCCCCAUUGGCAACUACGGCACGGGGGACCCUGUGGUCCGCAUCAUCCAGUUCUCAGAACCCUAUACUUAUCUCCGGCCCUCAGAUUAUGUGUGCGGUUUCGAGGACAGAAACAUAUGCGGCUUCACCCAGGACAGAGGUGACACCUUUGACUGGACUCGGCAGAACCACCUGUCCCAGAACCCCAAGCGCUCACCCAACACUGGCCCAGAAAUGGACCGCAGUGGGACCAAAGAAGGCUACUACAUGUUCAUCGAGACGUCCAGGCCUCGGGUGAAGGGGGACACCGCCAGACUGGUGUCGCCCCUCUACAACGUGACCCUGAGCCGGGGUCCCACCGGUGUCACGCGCCUACCUUACUGCAUCUCCUUCUACUACCACAUGAAGGGCAAGCACAUCGGUACCCUGAACCUGCUGCAGAGGGCCAAGAGCAUUGCUACGGUGGACACGCUGGUGUGGAGCCGCUCUGGCAGCCAGGGACCCAACUGGAUCAAGGCCAACUGUGUCAUCACGCCCAGCGGCCCCUUCCAGGUCGUGUUUGAGGGCAUCCGAGGGGACGGGUAUGAGGGAGACAUCGCCAUUGAUGACGUGUCCGUCACUAAGGGCAGAUGCAAACAGGACGACUCGGGAUCUGACAGAGCUGUCGUCGCUGGAAGGGCAGCAGCAUCUCGGCCUGCUCUGGUGGCAUCUCUGCUGACUCUGGUCACCUGGUCCUGUCUGCUGUCCUUCUCCAGAUGAUGACGACGACGACG